GUUCGAGUAUUUAAAAAAAAAUUAAUUUUUUUUUGUUCUAUCAUAAAAUUUUUUUCAAAAGUAAUUCAAAACUUUCCAAAAGUAGGUAUUAUAUACAGCUUUUAAUGCUUGAUCGAAUGAGCUACUACAAUCCCUUGAAGUAUUCAAUACCACAAAACGCGCUCCUGUUGAAUGUUCGAGUAUUUAAAAAAAAAUUAAUUUUUUUUUGUUCUAUCAUAAAAUUUUUUUCAAAAGUAAUUCAAAACUUUCCAAAAGUAGGUAUUAUAUACAGCUUUUAAUGCUUGAUCGAAUGAGCUACUACAAUCCCUUGAAGUAUUCAAUACCACAAAACGCGCUCCUGUUGAAUGUUCGAGUAUUUAAA